AUUUAUUGUUUUUGUUUACCAAAAUCAAUAACAAGAAGUUGUCAAACUCCUCAGCUGUUUUGGGUGCUAACUCAGCUCGAUUUUAGCAAAAAUGUCUUCAUAUUGAGGGCGUGGAAAAUAUAUGGAGUUAAUAUAUUAAUAUACAAUGUUAAUUAUUAAGUAGACGAAAUUGUGACAAAACUAUUUUAAGAUAUGUUACCAACAUUAACCACAUAUACCCGUUUGGAUGGUUCAAAACCGUUAUUCCGCGUUCCAUUUGGAAAAAUUGCACUUGCAGUUGUGAGUCUGCCACUUGGCAGUUUUGCAUUUUGUGUAAUUUGGUCGUUAAUCUUCGAAUUUGACCGUUCCACGUCGACACACUGUGAUGUACCCAACUAUUUACCCUCCAUAUCAGCGGCGAUUGGAAAUUAUGAACCACAAAAAACCGUUUGGCGCUUGGCGAUCACAAUGCAACUACCCUUUCGAAUAGCUGUUGUCAAAAUGUACAUGCAAUACUAUAAAGAUACAAUAAGACGUAAUCGACGUGUUUAUGCUAUUAUUGCUUGCCUACUAAAUAUGGUGGAGAAUUUCGCGCUUCUAAGUCUAUCAUUGUGGACAUCGUUAGAUAAUUAUCCGAUACAUCGAAACUCUUUCGUUGUGUUUAUUGCCUGUAGUGAAAUGUAUAUGCUCUUAUCUUACUUCCUCAACAAAAAUGGACGUAAAGUACCGCUCUUACAAAUGGAAGAAAAAUCACUGUUGUACAAAAGAAAUUUGUUUAUAACAAAUGUAACAGCUUUUGUUUUGGCGGGAUAUUGCUUCUUGCGGCAUAAUUCGUCUUGCGAGCCGGGCGUUUACACAUUUUUUGCACUCUUCGAGUAUAUCGUUGUGCUAACGAAUAUGGCUUACCAUAUGACUGCAUACUGGGAUUUUCAUGCAAUGCAUGUUACUUUUGACUGGGAACGAGGGCUUUACUUAUCUCAAUUUUAAAUAAUUGUAAUAAUUGCAAUAGCAUAUAUAAUUUUUUUUACUCUAUCAGCUUUAGUGCAAGUAUAUAUAUGUAUAACUAAUUUAAGUCGAGAGAUUACUUAACUUUACAAUUGAAAAACUUAUUUUUUACCGAAACUUUAGCAGUGAUUUAUAAAUAAUAAAAAAAUUUAAUGCACGCUCAAAACAGUGUACAUGCAUACAUACAUAUGUACGUGCUUUGUAUAUUAUAUUUUGCUCAAAACACUUUUUAGUGAUAAAAUUAUACAAGUAGAUAGAUAGCAAUAACAAUAAAUCUAGCUGAGAUAUUAAA